UUAAUAAUUUAAAUUAGAAGUACAUGUAGUUACAUUUUAUUAUUUAGAAUAUUCACUUUCGUGCACCUGAAGUGGUUCUGAGAAUCCAAGUUUUGUUAAUACCUCAAAAUGUAUUUUGUCUUAAUUCUAAAAAACGGCCGAGAAGACUCAAGUAGGCCCAAUAGUUAUCGAUACAAGUUCUAGUCCAUUUUUGGGGGACGGUAUUUUCCCGUUUAAACGUCACAAACUUUAUCUUCUUUCUGUUAUAACCGUAUACAAAUGUGUUGCAGGGAUUUAUUCACUAAACUCUCGCAACUUUGCUACAUCGCAGUACAAUGCAAAAAGACUUGCAAAGAGGAUGCGUUGUUGUCUAGCAGAGCCUAAGAGAGCUUUGUGAAUUAGGCCCCAGGGCUGUGUUCCACGAAGCGAUCUCAGCCCUAAGAUUACCAUAAGUGUAUAACGACUGUAUACACUUAAGAUGACCUUAGCGCUAAGAUCGUUUCGUGGAACGAGGUCCAGGUUUGUAGAGAUUUAACUAAAUGUAGUGUCCAUUUUCACAGGCUGAAACUAGGGUCUGCACCUUUAACGGCAAUAAAAUCGUUUUUAAAUCAAAUCAUUUCAGGAAUCAUGGCGAGUCUUUCUUCCAUCAACGAGGACUUCCUCACGUGCUCCAUCUGCUUCGAACCGUUCAACGAUCCACGAAUACUGCCGUGCGUCCACACCUUCUGUGCAGAAUGUCUCUCAAAUCAUAUCAACUCUACAUGCCAGCCAGGGCUGAGCCGUCCCAAGUUUUCUUGUCCUACGUGCAGGGAGAGCGUAGCCAUUCCCGACCCAGAAAAUCCCAGAGAAACAUGGGCUAAACAGUUCAGGAAAAACUUCAUGAUAAGCGGUCUUCGUGACGUUGUGAAGACUGAAGGGGACAGUUUGUUGACGCCAUCUUUAGUUGCAGACGGCGUUGCUAGGCAUGUUUGUGCAAUGCAUCCUCAGAAGGAAAGGGAUCAUUUCUGUGUGGACUGUGACAAGCUGGUGUGCAUUUCCUGCAUCGCUUUGUCCCACAGGCCAUGUCGUCAGGUUAUAACGUUGGCGCAAGCGGCGCAAGAGAAGAGAAGACAACUCUCGCGAAUCAAUAACCUCAUUGAGAGUUAUCUGUCACGCUCCGAGGCCAAGAAGAGCAAGCAGAAGCAGGAGUUGGACAAGCUAACCGAGCAGUAUCAAGAAAGGAAAAGUGAAAUUUUAGAAGCCAGUGCCAAACUGCAGUUACUUAUUAUUGACGCUGAAAACGCAUGUGUGAACAAACUAGACACGUUAUUUGCAUCGCAUAAGCAAGAAGAGGAAAGGGUUUUGACUGAAGCUGAUAUCUCCACGAAAAAGCUGACAGGAAUGUUAUCUGCCGUGACAGACGUUCUCGGAGGAAGAGACGACUUCCGGUUAGUUGAUGCGUAUCCGGUAUUGCGAGCAUACCAGCAGAAGGUCCCAUCCAUGAUCUCAAACGAAAUUCAGGUCCACACCCUCGAGUUUGUACGCAAUAUGACGUUAUACAAUACUAUUGCAAAGGCUACACCGGGAGAGCUAGGGGAGGUCAAAUCAGUGGCAUCCAAACAAGAUAUGGUCUUUCGUCCAGUAUCGUUAACAUCAACGUCGUCAUCCUCGUCCACACCACCCCCCUCACCCUCAUCUCAGCCAGCAACCUCCCCAGCUUCCCAGAACACCCCUGGAGCCACGUCGUCUCCAACAGUUCCAGUGCCUGGAUCUCUAGCAGCAUUAACCUCCAAGCCAGUAAUGUUCAGAACUCUAUCCACCAAGGUGAAGUCUGACAAGUCUAAACCGUCUCUCCGCGACAUUGCCGUGGCACCCGGUGAUGUGAUAGUGGUCACCGACUUCAGCAACAGCUGUCUGAAGUCAUUCUGCACACAGCACGGCCAGACGGAGCACCACAGCAAGCUGGUAGUAGACGGGCGUCCACAUGCAGUGAGCGUGUUGACAGGAAGCACGAUGGUUGCAACCAUUCCAAAGAGGAAGCUUCUGAUUCUGGUUUCCGUCACGCCUAAUCUGAUCCUCCAGUCUUCGGUGCACGUACAGAAACAGUACUGGGGGGUGUCUGGCGUGUCACCCGACGUUCUGGCAGUCAGUACCUGUCCCGGGCCUCAACCUGGUACAAUUGAGCUCAUCGAUCUCAAGGGUACAGUCCUAAAAUUGGUCACCAAUGGAUGUGGUCUGUUCUCAAACCCGCUGUACCUGUUGACCCUUCUCAACAAAGAUCUGGUUAUUUCUGACUGCACUGUUCCAACUGUGGUAUGCCUCAGACAAAAUGGCAGCAUCAUUUUCAAGAGCGGGAAACAGACGAACCCAAACGACAGGCUAGGCUUCAAGCAGCCAAUGGGAAUGGCUUGCGACAGAUUUGGCAGUGUUGUAAUUGUGGACAAGCUGCCAAUGGUUGGGAUUGUAUCGCAUAGUGGAGAAAUCAUACAGCAUAUACUUACAAAGAAAGAUGGUCUGAGUCUGCCAAUGUCAAUCGCAGUUGGUGAUACCAAUGACAUAUAUGUUGCAGAAGAAACUGGAAAGGUUUUGGUAUUCAGACCAACAUCUUGAAUUGAUCAGAACUCCAUGUCACGGUCAGCUGUGUCGACUUUAAGGCCUUGGUAGAGCACUCAGCCAGUUGUUAAACUGUUCAGAAUUCUUUGUAAGGGGCAGCUGUGGCAACUUGUAGGGUCUUGGUAGAGAACUCAGCCAGUUGUUAAACUGUUCAGAAUUCUUUGUAAGGGGCAGAUGUGGCAACUUGUAGGGCCUUGGUAGAGCACUCAGCCAGUUGUUAAACUAUUCAGAAUUCUUUGUAAGGGGCAGAUGUGGCAACUUGUAGGGCCUUGGUAGAGCACUCAGCCAGUUGUUAAACUGUUCAGAAUUCUUUGUAAGGGGCAGCUGUGGCAACUUGUAGGGCCUUGGUAGAGCACUCAGCCAGUUGUUGAACUGUUCAGAAUUCUUUUAAGUGGCGGCAGGGGUGGGUUAUAGGGGGUGCCUUUGUAGAACACUAAACUGAGGUGCUGAGCUGUUCAGAAUUCUUUGUCAAGGACAGGGGGUGGGGGUGGGUUGUAGAGCACUCUCAAAUGAGGUGCUGAACUGUUCAGAAUUCUUUGUCAAGGACAGCGGGGGUGGGUUGUAGGGCGUGCCUUGGAAGAACACUCAAUUGAGGUGCUGAACUGUUCAGGACUCUCUGUCAUGGGCAGUAGGAGUGGGAUAUAGUAUAGUUGUAAAGCACUUGCUCAAAAUGUUGAACUGUUCUGUCUGUGGUAAAUGGGGCACAUUGCAGAGCACAUGACCUAAAUACUGAACUGUUCAAGACUCCUCAUCAGGGGCAGAAGACCUCAGAUUACAGUUAUCUUCCCAUUUGGUUGUCCAAAAUCCGGAAAUUUGUCAAACAGCAGACAGCUAAGAAGUGGCAACUAUUUGACUGAAGUGACAGGGGAGAGCAUGUAGUUUG